AUGUCAGCGCGUCGUAUUAUUCUCACUCUUUUUACAUCCAGGACUUGUUCGAUAUGCAAUGAAGCUAAAUUAUCACUUGAUCGUGUAAGAAAAAAGAUUCCAUUUGACUUGGAACAGAAAGAUAUAUAUGAACCCGAUAACAGACAAUGGUUAGAGCAGUAUAAAUACGAUAUCCCAGUAUUGCACAUGAACAAUCAGUUCCUAUUUCAACAUUGGAUCAAAGAAGACAAAUUGGAAAACGUAUUAAGAAAAUAUCGAGAAACUGGAAUAAUUGAACAAUCAUGA